AUGAUUGGAAUUUCAGUUCAAAUUAUUAUUGCUGGACUAGCGCUUAUUGGUCCAGUUCUCGGAGCGUUACUUCCCGAGAUCCAUCUUCAGAUGACACCUGAAGAAAGACUCAAGGUGUUUCGUACAGCAGAAACAAACGUACCUCCUUACGAAGUAGUCGAGAUUCAGUCAGCAAAAAUUCAGAAAAGAGACGCUCAAGCAGGACAUCGCGUAAAAAUUAGAGCUUUUGGCGAAGACAUUGAACAUUACUUGACUCCGAUAGAUGAUGUGCUUGUGACAAACAGGACCCGAAUUCAAGAGAUUCGAACCAUUGAAAAUGGAAAACCUGAAGAUUACAUAGUUGAGGAUUCUAGUACUGUAAAAUUGGGAAUAACUCCUGUACUAGAUGUAAUACUUGAUGACGUAAAAAUUUUAGAGUCUGUCAGUAUUUAUAUAAAGUCUUUAGAUUCUGUUGUUAAAGGAGUAUUAGUUUCUUUAUCUUGUGAUAAUCUGGGUGCUGCAAUGCUGCUAGGCAUGCAUGAAUCUUUUUCUUCUAACCAUUAUUGUAGAAUAUGUAAUAUUUCAAAGGAAGAAGCUCAGAUAACUUGUAUUGCUGAUGAUAAGUUACUACGUACCUCUGAAAGUUUUAAAUAUCUAUCCAAAUGUCUUAAUUGCGCCAAUAGUGAUACCCUAAAUUUUUUUGGAAUUAAAAAAUAUACGCCUUUGAACGAUCUUAAAAAUUUUAAGAUUUGUGAAAAUUAUACUAUUGAUGUCAUGCAUGACUUAUUGAAGGGUGUUUGUCAACGAGAUCUCAAAUUAUUUUUUACUUAUUUAAAAGAGAAACGAUUAAUUACACUUGAAGAUUUAAAUAAUAAGAUACAGGCUUUUAAUUACGGUUUACAUAACCGCUCAAACAUACCUAGUGGCAUAAAGUUAAGCAAAACUUCCAACAGUAUUGGACAGCAUGUAGCGCAUACGCACUGUCUUAUUAAUUUUUUACCCUUAAUUAUUAAAGAUAUUGUUGUAAAAAUACCAAAAAAAGAUUGGAAUAGGUGGAAACUUAUAUUAUUAAUAAUAGACAUUGUAAAACUUACUUUUGCAACUAAAAUAACAAAAAACAUGUUAACUACUUUGGAGAAAAGCAUUACUGAACAUCAUCAACUUUUGAUCAGUGUCUAUUCAGUCCAUUUGAUUCCCAAAGACCACAUACUAUUAACUAACUCAUUAUCCAACAAUAAUAAAAAAAAUGGGACCUCCAAAAAUCCAAUGGACAAUGAGAGUAAAAAUGGUUUUUUGAAAAGUCUGGCUGAAAAAAUUAAAAAUUUUGUAGACAUUGCAUUUACUCUUUCUGAUCAUCAUCAAAAAGCAAUGUUAUCGUUUUGGAAAGAUAAUGCUGAUUUAUUUACGCUAAAACCAGUUUUUUUAAAUGCUAAAAAACAAACCAUAGCAUCACUUCCCGAUAAACAAAUAAUUUUAGAAUAUUUUUCGGUAGAUGAAAAAUUAUUUGUAGAUGUAAGUAAAUGCGUUGAAUUGAGAGGCACAAAAUUAAUUUUAAAUAAGUUUAUCUGCUCAUCAUUUUCAAAUAGUUUCCCGGUUUUCAGCAAAAAUCUUUUAAAUCUAUUGCAUCACAAAACCGGUCAUUUAAAUCGAAGUCAAAAUUUUUUAAACAAUAAUGCGAUUAAAAAUAGCAUGCAUUACAAGAGAAUAAAAACUGGAACCAUAAAGCGUUCAACAUACAAUAAUGGAAAACAAUAA